UUUCAGAUGGGAAUAAGAAGUGAUUGCUUCUUCUUCCUCAUCACCAUUUACUGUGCACAGAUCUUGAAGCUGCAGUCACCACCUCACCGCCACAGAUCUCAUCAAACCUUCCCUCCCUCUCUCUCUCUCUCAAUCAUAUGACGUAAAGCUUAAACAAUCGAGAAAGACAAUCCGUGGCCACUUUACUGUCUCCCUUCGCAUCUACUGCACUCUCUCUCUCUCUCUAGAUCUCUCCUUGUUUCUCUCUCCUCCCUCUCCCCUCGCCCGUCCUAUGGAUCGCAUUGGCCGUUUGCACGUCUGGGCCGCGACGGACGCGCUCUGAGAGUUGGGCGGAGCCCAGGGUGGGACGCCGGAAGCGAGGCACGAUGAGCAGGAGCGGCAGGGAGUACCUGCUCGGAGGGAGGAGCGGUCCCGCGGGGCCGUUGAGCCACCGGCGGGGGCAUAGCUUGACCGGCAUCUCCUCCUCCCGUGACGCCGACGAGAACCUGGAUCUAUUCUCGAAGAACCGCCGGACCGUCUCCGUCGCGUCGUCCGACGAAUCGUCCGACGCAGCUUCUUCAAUAAAACCAGGAAGGCUUUCUGUCGGAUCAGCGAAAGUGGCACGGAGUGGGCUUGAUGACUUACUUUCUUCUACUGAUGGAGGGAAGCACGACUACGACUGGCUUCUCACUCCUCCUGGGACUCCUCUAUUUCCUUCAUCGGAUGGAAGCGAGUCUCAAUCAAACAUAGCGGUCUCGAGAAGCAGUUCCAUGGUCCGAUCAACCUCCACCACUAAGGUCUCCAGGUUGUCUGUUUCUCAGUCAGAGAGCGCUCAUUCCUCCAGACCUACCAGAAGCAGUUCGGUGACUCGGCCUUCUAUCUCUAGUUCUCAAUAUAGCACCUAUUCUUCCAAUAGAUCAUCAUCAAUUCUGAACACCAGCUCAGCCUCAGUCUCAUCCUACAUUAGGCCAUCUUCCCCAGCUACCCGCUCUUCUUCUGCGGCCAGACCUUCCACCCCAUCUGCCCGUGCAACUGCAUCACGACCCUCAACUCCUUCUAGAAUUCGUCCAGUCUCCACAAGCUCCUCUAUUGAAAAACCUCGACCGUCACAAAACUCGAGGCCUUCCACUCCGAGUUCAAGGCCACAGAUUGCGGCAAAUAUAAGUUCAGCCACUGCUCGAUCUAAUUCUCGUCCAUCUACGCCCACUCGCAGGAACUCUGCACCUUCCCUAUCCCCGUCAGCAGGCACUCCAGUAUCUAGUGGGCGAGUGCUUUCAAAUGGUCGCAGUGGAGCCCUUGCAUCAAGACCAAGCUCUCCAAGUCCACGACUUCGACCUCCCCAACAACCUAUUGUUCCCCCUGAUUUUCCUCUGGAAACACCACCUAACCUUAGAACUACCUUACCAGACCGGCCGCUUUCUGCUGGUAGGUCUCGUCCUGGUGCUGCUGUCACUGUUAAAGGGAACUCAGACACCUCAGGACCAGUAGGCGCAGCUAGACGACAACCAUCACCCAUUACUACCAGGGGAAGAGUUGUAACUUCAGAGUCCACUGGAAGAGGUCGUGUCCAUGCUAACGUGACUGAUAUACUCGAGCCCCGGAGAUCGCCUAAUUCUCCUGAAUUGGGAAUGAGAAAGCCUGUGAAAAGUAUGACGUCUCUUAGUGAGAGCACUGGAUUUGGAAGGACUAUCUCUAAGAAAUCACUGGAUAUGGCUAUCAGGCAUAUGGAUAUAAGAAAUGGAGCAGGAGGCAACCGUUCUCUUUCAGGCACCACCCUUUUCCCUCAGAGCAUUCGAUCUUCUGCUGCAAAAAACCAAUCAGCUCGCACUUUAAGUGCACCGCCAUCUGUCAACGGGAAUGGCAACCAGCACAGCAUGAACGACGUAGUCUUUCUGGAGAAUGGCAGCAGAAUGAGAACUCCAGCGGUUGGUAGCGAGGUGGGCGGUGGAAGGUAUUCCGCCAAAUUGACAGAAGUUGAUAUCUACGAGAGCUCACGCUACGAUGCGAUGCUGCUCAAAGAGGAUUUGAAGAACACAAACUGGCUCCACAGCUUGGAUGACAAAUCCGAUCAGGGAUCGGUAUUUGAUAACGGGUUGGAAUCUCUGCCCGAACCGUUUGGCCCCUUAUAACGACCAAGAGACGCGGACCUUCCUUACUACUCCCGUUAUUUAUUGGGUUGGAGUAUUAUUUACAUCUCGGUCCUAAAGCAAGCAGCUUAUUGACAGAGAAACAUGAAAGGUGCUCAAAGUGUCCUCAAGAAGAAGUCAGCUUGAUGUGGUCUUUGUUCUGUGGCCAUUUCUCAUGGAGAAAUCGAUUUUUUUUCCCUCUUUUCUUUCUAUAGCAUCCUACAGUUUUCUUGGCUUGGGCAAUGUUAAGAGCAGCAACGCCUUGUUGAUGGAUGAUACAAGUGAAGAACUUGGUUUGAUGGCUGUGUUAAUGAAAAUCAUAGUUUAAUUAUUU